GCGGGCGCGAGCGGCGGGUCCCGCCCGAGGCCGCGACAGGAACCGACAGCCCCGCCAUGGUGAACUUGGGGCUGCGGCGGGUGGAGGAUGAUGUGGCUGCCAGGCACCCGGGCUCCAGCCCCGGCGCUGACGCGUCCCCGCAGGCGCUGCAGCAGUACGCGGCUUGCCAGUCCCACGCCUUCGUGAAGGGCAUCGGCACCUUCCUGGCAGGCAGCGGAGCCACCUUCGCCGUGCAAAAGCUGGCGCGGCAGAAGCUGCCGUACAGCCCGCAGUGGAGCCUGCUGCUGGCCAUGGCCGCAGGGUCCCUCGCGAGCUAUGUGGUAACCAGAGCAGAGACACAGAAAUGCUCCGACUUCUGGAUUUAUCUGGAGACAGGCAAGUCCCCACAGCAGCUCGGCGUGACUGGUGGGGUGUCUCAGCCCACAGAAAAUCUGCUCAGCGCAGAGGACAGGGACAGCGCCGCGCUGCCGGUGAGGAGGAACAGGUAUGGGGAUGUGGUGGAGUAGCCGGCAAAGCACAGCAGUCUGUACCUGUGUCCCACUUCAGCCCCUGCUGCCUGCCCAACCUGCCGCUGCCCAUGCUGCCUGUGUGCCUGGUAGGCUUGAUGGCACUGCUGGGAAGCUCAGAGGACUUGAUCCUGCAGCGAGAGUGUGGUGGAGGCACCACAGGGAUCACUGCUGCCCACCUCAUGGCCUCUGAACAUUGCACUGAGGGUACAAUAAAAGUCAAGAAGUGAA